GCAUGAUGCAUCCGCUCCAUACUGACGAGAGCUCCGACGUACCGAGACAGCUGCACAUUUCCUGCGUAUGCCAGUGUGAGAAGGUGUCGACAGCAGAUGCAAAGGAAAGCGAAGCCACCAGCGGUUCAGGACGAGACGCGUGUCAGAACGCAACGGGCGGCACCACUUCCUGACCAGCACGGCAUUACCACUUCGGAUGGUGACCCCAGGCACAGCCCGGAGCAUGGCUAUUGCAGCAGAUACAGGUGGAGGUCACGACAGCAGUCCUCUGGAAUCCUCAUCCUCACCACCACCACCAGCAAAGCGCUCGACGCGGCUGUCGGGAGAGUCUUCCGCGGACGAGCACACAGCAAUCAUCCGAAACGGACACGAGGCUGAAUACGGCGCCAUCCAACGAGGCACUAACACGGACAGUGGUGCGCAAGCUCGUAACAGAAAGAGCGGCGGCUAUGGAGCAGCUCAUCCACGGAGCGGCGAUGCGGAUGCGGAUUCCGCCAGUACAGCACAAUUACAGGAACCGAACAACAACAACAACAACAGGACCAGCACCAGCACCAGCACCAGCCACGACGACCACAGCAAUAGAGACUCUGGGGUGCAGGAGCACGGAAGCUGGUGGAGGACGUUUGUGGAUAAAUAUGGUAGCGUCGAACUCGACAACAAGGGCAGUGUCGCACGAGACCAUCUCGCUCUCGAACGCACUUUUCUGGCGUGGUUGAGGACUUCGUUGUCUUUUGCUUCGAUUGGCAUUGCGGUUACGCAGCUCUUUCGUCUCAAUACUUCUAUUCAGUCUGGAUCGGGGUCGGACCCGGGGAAAGCGGAUACAACUGCGAGGUUGAGGUCGGUAGGAAAGCCACUGGGGGCUACGUUUAUUGGGAUAUCCAUCCUCAUCUUGCUACUGGGAUUCCAUCGCUAUUUCGAAAGCCAACACUACGUGAUUCGUGGCAAGUUUCCUGCCUCGCGAGGCUCUAUCAUCAUCGUGACUGGCGUGGCGACAGCCUUGAUCGUUGCCAGCCUGGUUGUUGUCGUAGCUAUCGCACCUGCUGCCUUCGAAAGGUGAGCCUUCUCAUCUCGAAGAAGAGCACCACCUCGAGCCCAAAAACAUGAUCACAGCCACCUGCUUCUCUGCUGGAUCGAGUCCCAACGCUCCUAUAUCCCCUCCGACCCCGGCAACUUCCUCCGCAACCUCUGAAACUCCCCCUGGAAAGACAAUGACGGAGCGUCUCAACGACAUCUCUGGUGUCAUCAAGGUCCAGGAGAAAUCCUUCGCUGAGCUACACGUCCGGCUAGCUCACCUGACAACAAGAGUUGCCAAACUUCGCGGUACACUCAAUCAUGAAUCGAAUCGCUCGCCAGUCAAGAUUCCUCCCAUAUCGUCACGAAAAGCUGACGUGUUGUAUCCUCCGGAAUUUGGUAUACCUGUUGUGGAAGGGCGGUGUCGGAGAUUGUGUCAGCAGCUAGGACUUCCGAAACUGGAAAUCCCUGGGUCGGGCUCGCUGUCGAGUCGAGGGCGUAGCAAAGAGCCACGGGCGCUUUGAAGAUAUACAGCAUCUAUGUAGAGGGAGGUUGAUCAUGCAUGAUGUGCCUUCGCGGUCUGAAGCUUGAGAGGCGGGAGUUGCUUUAUAUCCUGGGAGAAGAAGAUGAGACCGUGGGUCUGAGAGAUGAGGCUGAGGUCACUUGGCAUAGAAUUGAAAAUAUUGUCAGUAUAGGAUCCGUGAUGCAUGCGCUGAAUGCACAACAGACAUCGCUGCACUCCAAUGUGCAGGAUGAGAGAAUGAAGAGUAAAGGGUGGAACAGAGAGCCUCG